AUGCCUGCGAGUCCGACUCGACUCCGAGUCACUCCGGAGUCCAAACUCGACUGCGAAUCGCGAUUCGCCUUCCGAACUCGACAGCGUGAGCGCUUGCUUGGAUUCCAAUUUGAUCAAGUCAAGCGUGCCGUCGGAGGAGUCGACCAUUCACUCUCAUUUUCCUUCCACAACAACUCCUCCACUUUCCUUACCACCAAUACCAUCAGCCUCCCCUUCGGGACUGUGCUCAGGAACAACGGCUUGGACCCCUUACCGCACUGCCAUCCUCUGCCACUCAAGCCCAGCCAGUCCAGUCCUUCAAGCCUCGACUACCCCUCCUCCUUGCCCCCUCGACUCCAGCAGGCCGAGCACUUCCUUCAGCCCGGACAACACCUCGCUUCAUCCGCAUCGAACCCGGAUUUCUUCGAUGAGCAGCAGUACGACCGUUCGCCGGCGCCCGACCAAAACUUCUCCAUCCCUCCUCCGAAUGAAGCCCAUCGCAGAACAGAUGAAGACUCCUCACACCCUCUGUCCCGUCAUCACAGAGAGAUUGACGACACCCUCCAUCCGCCAAAGUCGCCAUCGAUUGUGCCCGACGAUGCACCAACGUUGAUUUUGACCCGAUGCGUCCGAUACGGCCGAUAA